AUGGCUCCAUUUGAGGCUUUGUACGAACGUAAGUGUCAUACGCCUCUUUGUUGGCAAGAAACCAGAGAGAAAGUGUUGGUCAGACCAAAGUUAAUUCAAGUCACACAUGAUAAGAUAUGGGUUAUACGUGAAAGAAUAAAAGCAGCCCAACAUCGACAUAAAUCUUAUGUUGUCAAACGACGACGACCGAUUCAGUUUGAAGUGGGAGAUAUGGUGAUGUUGAAGGUAUCACCUUGGAAGGGAAUUCUACGGUUUGGCAAAAAAGAGAAGUUGGGUCCACGUUUUGUUGGGCCAUUUAAAAUCCUUGAGUGCAUUGAAAAACAAGCUUAUCAUUUGGAGUUGCCGAAAGAACUCUCCGGUAUUCAUGACGUUUUCCAUGUGGGCUAUCUAAGGAAAUGUUUGGGUAAACAUGAUGAGACUGUUCCAUUGGAGGAGAUCAAGUUGGAUAAAAGAUUGAGGUGCAUAGAAGAACCCGAAACCAUUCUAAAUGAAAGAACCGUUAAUCUCCGAAAUAAGAUUGUAGAUUUGGUGCUUGCUAAAUGGAAGCAUCACCAUGGUCCAAAUGGGACGUGGGAGAACAAAGAUGAAAUGAAGGCCAAGUAUUCAGAGUUAUUUGACAGACCUUGA